GCUGGAAUGCAAGUCUGGGAAUAUAAUUUCAUAUAUAGAGGAAUUGCCCAGAUCUAAAUUUUAAUUAUAUCAAGGUAGUCUUGAAAUUAACAACAGCUAAACAGAAAAACAUUGCCAAAAAAUUUCGAAAAUUAUUAUAAACUGUGAAAAUGAUUCAGAUCAAAAAGGUUUUUUGCCUUCUGGAGCUAAAAUGGGGUAUGUUACUUAUUGGGAUCGUGGAAUUAAUACUGUGUUCUAUUCUCGGUGGGGUGUGCAGAGGAAUGCACGUGGAUGUGGUUUACUAUCUCAGCUUGAUUGUCUCCAUUCUUCACAUUGUGGCCUGCGUCCUGCUAAUUGUUUCCAUUUUCGAGCCUAAGAAAGGGCUGGUUAUUCUCUACUUGAUAACUGGUAUCAUACGCUUAAUUGUCCUUAUAGUGGGCAUAAUUUGGUUGAUCUGUUACGGUUUAGGUAAUAAGGUACAUAAUUACCAACCAAUCCACACAGAAUCCAUUAUUGUCAUGAUCAUAUCUUUGGUUCUCACCGUGUACUUUUGGCUAUGCGUCUACUCAUGGUUCAAGAAACUCGGUGGCUCUACCCCAGUGGAUUAAUAAGUCGACCAUCCUUGGAACUUGACAAACCAUUCUCAAUAGCCAAUACUCGUCGAAAUUCAAUUGAAGUCUAAUAUUUUCUAUAAUUAAAUUAAGCAGUCCUCGAAAUAUGUUCUUUAUGUUUCUAGUAUCCUGCACUCGAUCAGGAAAAACACUUAUUCGUUAGAUGACACUCUGCCAAUAGCAGAGUCGACUAUACUGUCGACUGAGGAAAUACAUAAGCAGAGUCACAUCCGUACCCCAACGCCA